ACCUACUCUUUCAGCUGGGACCGCACAGUAUAUAUACGAGCAGGGACAAGGUCAGUGAGCUCCGGAGGAUCAGCACAUCACGACCAGCUGUUAAGACUUCAUCUGUCAGCCAUGAGGCUCAUCAACAUUGGUCCAGAUCCAUCUCUGGCAUAUCGUCCAAAUCUGGACAAGAGUAAAAGCAAGGACAAGGAAGACUACAGAAACUUUGAGAGUGGAAGUCUGUUCCAGCGCGUCUUCAGCACAUACAGCCUGAUGCACAAAGAACAAACGGUGGAGUUUGUGAAGAAAAAACACGCUGAAUGGACCGGAUGCAGCCACGCUCAGAUGGGGAUGAUGGACGCCAUCAUGUCCCUGGAUCAGCUGGUGGACGAGUCCGACCCCGACGUGGAUUUCCCCAACUCCUUCCACGCCUUCCAGACCGCCGAAGGCAUCCGCCAGGCUCACCCGGACAAAGACUGGUUCCAGCUGGUGGGUCUGAUCCAUGAUGUUGGGAAGAUCAUGGCUUUGUGGGACGAACCCCAGUGGGCAGUAGUGGGCGACACUUUCCCCGUGGGCUGCAAAUUUCAAAACUCCUUAGUGUUCAGAGAAAACACCUUCCUGGAAAACCCAGACGACAGAAACACAGAAUACAAUACUGAAUAUGGGAUCUACACACCAAACUGCGGCCUUGACAACGUCCUCAUGUCCUGGGGCCACGAUGAAUAUCUCUACAGAGUCAUGAAGUUCAACGAGUGCUCCAUCCCAGAGGAGGGCCUGUACAUGAUUCGCUUCCAUUCCUUCUACCCGUGGCACUCGCAUGGAGACUACAUGCACCUGUGCAACGACAAAGACAAGCGCAUGCUGCCCUGGGUCCAAGAGUUCAACAAAUUCGACCUGUACACAAAGACCACCGAUCUGCCCGACGUGGACGAGCUGAAGCCGUACUACCAGUCUCUGAUCGACAAGUACUGCCCGGGAAUACUGCGGUGGUGAAACAGGCGACAAAGAAAUUCAACAGCGACGCUCGUGUUGACACAAAUCUGACGUAGACUAUAAUCAGACGUGAUUAUAAAUGCUGUGGAACUCAUCUUGCUGCUUUAUCGUAACACUGUAGCUGCACUUAGUGCCUCCUGUAAACAUAUUACUCCAUAUUAUUCGGCAUAUAACCCCGAAAAAUGUGAAUCAUGUCUUGUGCUUACCGAUGGUUCUAGUCGAUUAUGACUUUAAACAAUAAAGCAUGUACAUAAAACAAAUCUAUUUAAUUUUAAUUUGUUUAAAGGCAUUUUAAAAAUAA